CCGGCUUGUUGAUUGUGUCUCGUGAAUUUGCACUGCUAUGAGCGGCGAUCAACUGGCUUCCAGGCAAGCCCAACUUACCCUAGUUCCUCGUCUUGUUUCCUUUGGUGAUCCAAACGCUCAGCCGCCCACGCCUAAACAGACCCCAACUUCUGCCAUCUUCCCAAGCCCCGUAUUUGAAACACCCAAGAACAACCGGUGCCACUUGGACGAGUCGAGCGGCUGGACUCCCCGUUUUGCCGAGGAAUAUUCCGUCUUCAACUCAACGCCGGGGAACCUGAGGGGCGAACGUGAACCGUCUGCUGAGUUUGGUUCAUUGACGCCUUACCCACCGCCGUCCGCGGGCCAGAAGCGCCUGCUUUCCGCUGACGAUAUUGCUGCCGAUAUCGCAACCCAUGGUGGUCACUUCUCGCCGAAACCCAAUAUCUCCUCCCUGUCCCCGGUUGAUCCUCACCGGAGGCUGCCGUCCUCGGCCAACCCCUUAGCCGGCGGCUUCGAGGAGUGUGUAGCCAACGACGAGCGGCCGAGUCCUCAGGAACGGACGUCCAAGAAAGUUCGGCGUGGUACCAUUGCGAAGCAGGGCCAAGGGCAAACCGCGACCCCUCCUCCCUCGACUCGGAAAGGGUCACGGAAGCUUGCUCCCAAGCUCGACAUUAACACAAUGCAGCAUGCCCAGGGCUUCAGCCAGCCCGACUUCACCGACGCCGCCCAGCAGCCCAACAUGGACACGUUCGUGACCACCCCUGGCGACAUGUUCGGUUACCCGUUAUCCGCCACCGCACCGGCAUUCGCAGAUCAACGCCCCUUCUGGGAUCAAGAUCCUGGCAUAGCGGGAAUGGACAUGGACUUCGGUCCUGCGAGCGCGGACGUCUUCCAACCCCCAACUCCAGGAGGUCAUGGACCGAUGGGCUCCAUCGAUUGGAGCAGAGCGAACCAGAUUUUCCCGGAACCCGGUGUCGUCCCACAGCACAAUCAAGAGAAUGCACAUCCCGCUAGGAGAGAGCGCCUCAUUGCGGCCAAGGCCUCGAUGCGUCUCGACACCUCGUCUGCUGAUCAGUCAAUGUUCGUUGGCACUUACCCUACCCCCAUAGAUGACCCCUUUGGGAUUGUUGGCAACAGCGGAGGCGUCGAUCCCGGCCUUCUAUUUAGUCGUCCGCCGUCCUCCAGUAUGGACAACCCAUUCAAUCCUGUGGAGUUGCCUCCCUCCUCGUCCGCGCCACCAGCGCCGCAGUCGACGCAGCCGUCCCAGCCUGCGCCUGCGCCGGCUAGGAUAAAAACACCCGCCGCUAUUCGCCGGUCGAUGAGCGUCAAGGAGCUAGGGUCAGGCAAAAGGACAGAUCGGACAAUUGUUAGCUCUCCCACGAGAUCAACUAGCCGACCAGGGGGCUUAUCUCGUAGCUUCAGCGAGACCCGGGGUAAAAAGCCAGUUGGACGAGCUUCAUUGCCUACUCUUGCACCCGCCGCUCCACGCCCACAGGCCCAACUGUCGAGCAGUGCCGGCGUCGGCGCUAGUCGACCGGUAGUAUCGCAACAUAGCCGCGCUGGUGGAAGAAGCUCCCCGUUGAAGAGCCAUCACCACCAUCGUCUAUCAAGUUUGUCGUCAAUCCCGGAGACCCUUGGGGCCCGUGCAAGAACGCAAGCCAAGUUCACGAUCGAUGCCAACGGGAGGGCCCGUGUAGAGACAACGGUAAUGGUGGAUGAAGUGGCACCGCCAACGAUAAGAACCAGACACAGUGCUCAACCACUGCUCCGCCAUCCGCAGUGGAACUCGUCCGAAGAUGACGACUCAUCCUCGGAGGACGACGACCCAAUCAUCAUCCCAUCCAGGAACACCUCCUUCGCCCUCCCGGAACCACCGAAACCAUCGAACACGCAUCCAUUUCACAGUUCGCAGCGUAGUAUUAGUGAUCUCAGCACAGCGUCGUAUGGCAGUCUCCUCGGAGGAUCGCCGGAUGACGGCGAGAGCGAGGCAGAGACGGUUAUGAAUGAGGCAACACCAACAGGAAAGCCGGGCGAUGCAGCCAGCGAGCUACGUAAGCUGCGAGAGAGCCGGCAAAAAAUGGCCUGGUCGGCCAAGCAGAGACAGUUUGCCUCGUCCGGUCUUUCAACCGCUGCCUUUGUGGGCAGUUACUCGGAGCAGGAUAUCGUCUCCCCCACGACACUCACAAACUCGAGCCUCCCGACCCCGUCAACUGAUUCGAGAAGCCAUGGAUUGAGGUGCGUUUGCAACAGGCUGGAAGUCGACCGUGAUGGCAACGGCUUCAUGGUGCAAUGUGAAUCGUGUGAGAUGUGGCUUCAUGGGAGAUGUGUUAACAUCACCAAGAGGACCCAGCCUUCGGUCUAUAUAUGCGCGUUUUGCGCAAACACGCCGAACAUGCGGGGCGGUCGAAUUCGAGACAACGGGCGCGCGUUCGGAACAAUGGGCCCUUCCGGGUCGGCGACGUCGCCGCUGGCGCACAAGUCGUUCAAAUUCCGAUGACGCUGCUGGGGUGACGGUCGACCGGGGCAUCGAAGGUUUUGAAUAGACAGGGGCGGCAUACUUCUAUACAUGGCUCUGUACAUCGACAAUUUUGUCAGCAAGGGGGUUAGUCGCUGGAGUGCAUCGCAUGGACUCGUUUAGGGUGGGAAGACCGAAGAAGCCUUCCCGAUAGAUCAUGUUCAACAGGGCACCAGCUAUCUCCUCAGGGAGAUAGUGAGAGCAUAAAUGAUACCCUAAUGUCAAUUAAUGGUAUUUGAGAAAGAUGUGAGCAAUGAAGACAUGC